AUGUCAUACAUUUACAGAGAGCGUGAACGAGAUCGAGAUUGGGAUGAAUCCCGGUCGUCGCCUGUCACUAUCAAACGUUACGUCAUCCCCCCCGAGGACGAUCGAGGCCGAGAGCGAGACGUUCUUUAUCGACGCGAAGAUCUAGUUUCAGGUGAUCGAGAGCUGGUCGUUCGGCGGUCUACUGACCGCGAAGAUCCCAUUAUGGUUCAACGUUAUGAGCGCGAAGUCGACUAUGACUCGCGCGGCGGAUACGACUAUCGUUCCGAAAGAGACUACUACGAGCCUCGAACCCGAGAGUCCGACUAUGAGAUUGUCCACCGGUCAGAGGUAGACCGUGACCCUGGUUACUUAUAUCAUCGUCGUGUUCGUGAGUAUGAUGAUGACCGUCGCUUCCGGCGGGAGCUCAGCCCUAGUGACUCGGUCUCCCAAGCCACCCGUCGGCGCGAUGGUCAAGACUACAGUAGCGAUGACAGCAUGGUGUACAUUCGCAAAGAGACACGCGAGUAUGAUGACCAUCCGCAUCACCAUCGUCAUAUGGCCGAAGGCGCUCUGGUCGGCGUUGGUGCUGCAGAAUUGCUCCGUAGCCGCCGGAAGAAGGAUGGAGGAGAAGUGUCGAGUGGUAUGGGCCGUCUCGGCCGUGAUGUCGGCGCUGGUGCUCUGGGCGCCGUUGCGGUGAAUGCGGCUUCGCGAGUUAAAGACUACUACCGCAGCAAAAGCCGUCAUCGCUCCCAUUCCUUCGACGACGACCGGAGUUCCCGUUCUCAUCAUCGCCACCAUCAUCACAGCCACAGCCACUCUCGCCGUAGUCGCAGCCGCUCCCAUUCUCGUUCCCGUGCAAAAACGUUCGCGGAAAUUGGGCUUGGUGCUGCGGCUAUUGCCGGUGCGGUCGCGCUCGCGCGACACCACUCGAAAAAGGAUAAGGACGGGAGACGUAGUCGGUCCCGACACCGUCGCUCAGCUUCUGUGAGGUCUAAGGGGGACCCCGACUUUGAAAAGCGCAGCGAAUCGCAACGGAAGAAGCAUAUGACUGGCGCUGGACUGGCUGGUGCUGCAGUGGCAGGUCUUGUGGAGAGGGCGCGCAGUCAUUCGCGCUCUGGUCGACGUGCACGAUCCCGAUCCCACAGCACAUUAAGGAAAGCUCUGCCGGUCGUAGCAGCUGGCUUAGGAACGGCCGCUGCCACAGGGCUUUACGAGAAGCACAAAGACAAGAAAGAAGAGACCAAGGAUGAGUCAAGAUAUAGAGAACGACGACGCUCCAGAUCUCGCAGCAGGGCUCCGUCGGACUUCUAUCCCGACCCUGCAAGAGACUCGGCUGACUUGAUUGAGUACGGCGAAGAUCCUGUGCAUGGAAGCAUUCCUGCUGCCAAUUACUAUGGCCGAUCAAUGACUCCGCAGGGUUAUUACUCUGAUGCUUCCGACCCAGUCGCCAGCGGAGCAGCAGGUUUUGGCUCAAGACACCGUGGCCGUGGUCGUAGCCGGAGUCGAAGUCUCGGGCGAUACAACAGCAGCUCCUCUGAUUCCGACAAGAGUGGUCGCAGGAGGCGGAGAAGGGACCGUAGCAAGCCUCGCAGCCGAUCUCGUGGCCUAGCCGAAGCUGCUCUUGCUGCCACCGGUGCUGGGUAUGCAGCUCACAAGUACUCGCAGCAUAAGGAUCGCAAAAAAGCGGAGCAGGAUAGGGAUAGACAGAAAUAUGAUGGGCGGGACCCGUAUGAUGAGGCGUACUCCCCUUCUUCAGCUGCACCCCAGCAGAUAGAAAAUCAAUACUACCCUAACAGCAACUUUUUCCCUCCACCACCGGGUCCAGCACCCCGGCAGGCUGAGUAUGCUACCCCAUACAAUCAAGCCGACUAUCCCCCUCCUGGUGCCGUUCCAUCUUCCCAACCGUACAAUUAUCCGACUCCACCGGGACCAGAGCCGUACGCCCCUCGACCACGAAGGGCAGAUGAGAAUGUGAGUGCUACAUGGAACUCUCCCCCUUCUACUGCCCAAUACACAUGCGAUGGUCUAAAGCCGUAUUCUCCAUCGAGGACUCCACGUGCAGAAAAACGGAGGUCGCGUACCACCAGCAAGCCAGACCAGCCCAAAUCAGUUGCCUUUAAUCUUAGUCCUCCUGGACGCGGCCGUCCGAUAGAUCCUGGCUACGAAUCAGAUGAUAGCGAUUCGACCAUUGACUCGUCAAGUGGGAGUAGUCAUCGCCAACGCCGCCGUAGUUUCCAUCGUCGCCGUCAUUCCUCUUCUGCACCUCAUCCCUUAAGACCCGGGCCCAGACCAAGCCGGGAACAUGGCUCCACAGGAGAGAAAAUGCAAUCCAGCAGUCGUGAGCAUGAACAUGAACAAGAACCCGACUCUGAUUCAACAAUCGAGCUACCCAAUCGCUUUGAUUCUCAAGGUCGAAUUCUACCCCAGCGUGGAGAUGAUCCAUUAGCAGAUCAUUUUGAAGAUAUGCUUAAGAGAUUUGGUAGAGAUUAUGCCUAA